AUGGGCGACACAUCAAAUGGAAUGCAGUCCGGUUUGGUCACCGGGGAAAUGGCCGACAGCAUGUAUAAAAUGCUGAUGACCACCGUACAAAAUAUACUAGAGGACAAAUUUAGACUGAGGAUGAACUUACAUAUCUUACAGCUAGUAUACGAUUUGGAGGUGUCACAUCACGGCAACCGACUGUACAACGGCCUGAAGCAAACGGUGUCCGCGUAUUUGGAGACUAAAGUGCAAGCGGACGUGCUCGACUCUUUAGACAAAAACUUUUUACAAACGCUGCAGCAAUGUUGGACGAAUCAUCGGACAGCGAUGAACAUGAUAGGACACGUAUUCAAUCACUUGGAUAAAACGUACGUUUAUGAGAAAAGGCUCGACAUCGUGUACAACCUUGGACUGAAAUUGUUUCGCGACAUUGUGGUGCUCGACUAUCGCGUUAAAAAUCGUUUGCGCGAAACAUUGUUGAGCUUGGUAAUGCGUAUAAGAAACGGCGAGGUCGUCGAUAGGGAAGCGUUGAAGGGCGCGUGCCAUAUGCUCAUGGAGUUGGGAAUUCAACAACGGACGGUGUAUGAAGAAGUUUUCGAACAACCUUUUCUCGCCCAGUCCGUCGAGUUCUAUAAAGUCGAAAGCCGAAGGCUGCUGGCCGAAAGAAACAGCGCCACCAUUUACAUGAAACAAGCUAAAGCGCGCAUCAGCAAGGAAUUCGAGCUGGCUAAAAACUACUUGGACACCUACAGUGUCUACAACUCAACCGCAUUCAAAAUAAAAUAUGUGGUCGAACAAAUUCUAAUCCAGAAAAAUAAUAUUUAA